ACACCUCGUAUGCAAAAUAGCUUAGCUUAGCUUAGCUAUAGUAGCUUGGCUAACGUUAUCUAGUAGGAAACGAGCAAAGUAAAAGUUGGGUGAUGGGCUUUUAACUGUUUGUCACGUUGAGCCUGCAAUGUUGGAUUUUAUCUCAACGCGACAAUACUUUGAUAAUGCAACAAUCUGUGUUUCUUUGUUAUUUCACACUCGAGUGCUGUCUAUUUGACCAGAGUGCAGGCUAGAAGAAUCCAACGGAACGUGAGACCCUGCGGAACAUCUCGAGAAGGCUACGCGCUAGGCUAGCUAGCUAGCUACCCAUUUGGGUGCGGGUUGGAGGGACAUAUAAUAACAAAAUAUCGAAGAUUGUUUUAAGUUAAACAGUUCAUAAAAUAAUGCCCAGCAAAAAGAAGAAAUACAAUGCGAGAUUCCCCCCGGCCAGGAUUAAGAAGAUUAUGCAGACUGAUGAAGAGAUAGGCAAAGUGGCUGCCGCCGUUCCUGUCAUCAUAUCACGAGCUCUGGAGCUGUUCCUGGAGUCUCUCCUGACAAAAGCCUGUCAAGUCACCCAGUCCCGGAACGCAAAAACAAUGACGACGUCACACUUAAAACAGUGCAUUGAGCUGGAGCAGCAGUUUGACUUCCUGAAGGACCUGGUAGCGGCAGUGCCUGACAUGCAGGGCGAGGGAGAGGACAACCACGCAGAGGGAGGGGAAAAGGUUGCACGCAGAGGUCGAAAGCCGGGGUCAGGCCGCAAGAACGGAGGAGUUGGCUGCAAGGGCAAGGACAAGAAGCUAUCAGGCACAGAGUCAGAGCAAGAGGAUGACUCCGAGGACAGCGAGACAGACGAGGAUGAGGAAGACGGGUCUCAGUCAAGCACAAACCUGCAGCCACAAUCCCGAUUCCACAGCCCAGACACCAUGCCACCCCAGUACCUCCACAUGGGCACCGCACAAGGGGGCCUGGCCAUGCCCCUAGGCUCCUUUGCCCCCCACCCCUCGCUGAUGGGCACCGCACCCCCGCCUCCCCCCUCCAUGCCGCACAAAGAUGAAGACGAUGAUGAUGAAGACUAUGACUCUUAGCUCCCCCGCUCUUUUUACCUUUAAUUUUCUCUUAAGUUUUUCUCUUCUGUGGCUGCAUUGAGAAAGAGGUGAGUCUGGGCAGAUGCUCACAUGCAGCCCAUUGUUAAGGAAAAGCCUCCAACAACUGGCAGUAAGGUGUGUAGACAUGACAGCUGGCACCACUGAAGACGAGUAAUCGGUUGUAUAUUGUGUUUAAUUAUUUGUUAUUUUAUUGUGGAGGAAAAAAAAUGAACCAGGUUGUUUUAUAAAGACAGGUGGUUGUUCUAUUUGGAGUAAAAAUGUCAGUUGAUGUUCUGAAAGGCCCCCAGCCCAAGUACCGGUUUGAUUAAGUCCCCCAUUGUAGUUUGCACUUUGGUUAUUCUCUCAUCUCUGUUUUCUGCAUACGUCAUUGGUGUUCAACAGACAUAUCACUCCAGCUCCAUGUCCACUUCUUCAACGUCUGCUCUGGUUCAGUUGAGAUGAUCCAACUUUAAUGCCUGUGCAGCCUACGUAGCCUCAUAGAAUACUGUACACACAGACACCUUCUGGAGAUGAAGUCAGAGCAGCGGUCGGUCGUAUUUUGAAAGGGAUCAGCACUUUCCUAUAGCAAAGGGAGAUGAGAUGAUUGUCUGUGAGGAUUCUGAAUUUGGCAGAGCGGUUAGAUCUUGGUCUUGCUUUCGGAGUUGGCCAUUAUUGCACGUGGCUAUUCCAGUUGUUUGGGUGUGGGUAAGGAGAUGUGUUUUACUGUAGGUUAUGAAUUCUUCUCAAUGUGACUUGAGUUGAGGAUUUUCCCCUUUUUUAAUGCAACUUUUUAUGACGAUAAUUGAUCCUCCUGAAAACCUUGGCCAUUAGCUUACGUCAACCAUAUUCACAUGUCAUUAUGCUAAUGAUUACAACUCCAUCUCCUUCUUGAAGACAGAUAUUUCUGUGCUGGCUAUUCUUAUCUGAAAUGUACUGUGAUGCUCCUCCUGGACCAUAACUUUGUUUUUAAUGUUGUUAAACCGCUCACCUUUUCGCCUAUAAUUUGUGUUCAAAAAUAUAUCGUCCCCCCACUUGGAAUAAAAUUCUCCUUUGUAUUGUAUUUUUUUCUUCUCUCUUUUAGAUUGUUUUAAUGUACACAUUGAAAUGCAGAGAAGGAUAGGGCUCCCGUUUCAGUGUCUCUUGAUAUGAAAUGUUUAAAGGUAGGCCGUUGAACUUGACGCUGUAUGUAAAAUUUUAACAUUAUUUUAUUUUGUAUGGGUGAAAUAAAGUUCAGAUUUCAAUAAAACACUGCCCAACUAUUUUU